CUCUCCCCACUCAAUACAAAAAUACUACUCUAUGCAUAUGUUCUUCCCCUCCUCUUCCCUCCUAUGAACCACUUUUCUUCCUGCUCUCAGCAACAACUCAAAUACCUUUCUCCCUCACUCAAUUCCUAAAUCCUAAUCCCCCCUUUUCAAAUCAAAUCCCAAUUCCCCUCCCAAACCCCAAAAACAUUCACCUCUUCGUAAAAAUCCCACCUUUCCUUCGAUUUUCCCCUACCCACCCACCCUCUCAGUUUUUCACUUCAAGAUUCAGAUGCGCUUUCUUUCCGCUACUCUUCUUUUCUUCGUGGGUUCCUUUCCCCUUUAUGAAAUGCUUAAUCCUACGCGGCCACGAUUUCUUCAAUAGCCUUCAACGCGCACCGUCUCUGCGUUGCCCAGAAAACCUAGGUGCUUAGGGCUCUUCAAAUCCUUCGUGGGUUUUGCUCAAAAUUCGAAUUUUCCGAUUCUUUUGCAAGUGGGUAUGGUGGGGAACGAUGACGCGGGCCACCUCUCCGCCUCCCGGAAGAUGUUCUGGCGGUCGGCGUCGUGGUCCUCCUCGCGAACCGCCGCCGGAAACGCCUCUUCCGGCGAGACGGAGAAGGGUUUCGCUGAUUCCGGUGCCGCUGACGGUACUCACGGCCAGAACCGGCGGUUUGGUCCGCCGCCGCUGACGCCUCGGUCGCAGCAGAAUUGCAAGGCGCGGUCGUGCCUGCCACCGCUGCAGCCGCUCUCCAUCGCCCGGCGGAGCCUCGACGAGUGGCCGAAGGCGGGCUCCGACGACAUCGGUGAGUGGCCGCAGCCGCCUACCACCCCCGGCGGGAGAGGUAAUGGUAGCAAUGGUGAAAGGUUGAAACUUGAUUUGUCUUCCAUUCAGCAUAACAACCCUGAUCAUAGUAGGAGUAACAAUGGGAAUGGGCUUGUGAAGAGGGAUAAGAUUGCAUUUUUUGAUAAAGAGUGUUCAAAAGUUGCUGAUCAUGUGUACCUUGGUGGUGAUGCUGUUGCCAGGGAUAGGGACAUCUUGAAGCAUAAUGGGAUAACUCAUGUCUUGAAUUGUGUGGGGUUUGUGUGUCCUGAGUACUUUAAGGCUGAUUUUGUUUAUAGGACUUUGUGGCUGCAGGAUAGUCCAUCUGAGGAUAUUACUAGUAUUUUGUAUGAUGUGUUUGACUAUUUUGAGGAUGUCAGGGAGCAAGGUGGGAGGGUGUUUGUGCACUGUUGUCAAGGGGUGUCUAGGUCUACCUCCUUGGUCAUUGCUUACCUUAUGUGGAGGGAAGGGCAGAGUUUUGAUGAUGCUUUUCAGUUUGUGAAGGCGGCGAGAGGGAUUGCUGAUCCAAAUAUGGGGUUUGCUUGCCAGCUGUUGCAGUGCCAGAAGAGGGUUCAUGCUGUCCCUCUUAGCCCUAGCUCUUUGCUGAGGAUGUAUAGAAUUGCUCCCCAUUCGCCGUAUGAUCCUUUGCAUCUUGUUCCAAAAAUGUUGGUGGAUCCUUCAUUAGCUGCAUUGGACUCCAGAGGUGCGUUUAUCGUGCACAUUCCUUCAGCAAUAUAUGUUUGGGUGGGUAAGAACUGUGAGGCCACCAUGGAGAGGGACGCCAGAGGGGCUGUUGGCCAGAUUGUCCGGUAUGAGAAGGUACAAGGGCCUAUUGUGAUGAUUAAGGAAGGUGAAGAGCCUGUUUACUUUUGGGAUGCUUUUUCAGAUUUUCUGCCCUUAAUGGACAAAUCUGGCAAAUCUGGCAGUAGGAUAGAAGAUGGAAAACUAUUCGUUUUGCCUGGUAAGAGGAGAGUAGAUGCAUACAAUGUUGAUUACGAAGUUUUCACAAAAGCAAUCACGGGAGGCUUCGUGCCUCCAUUUGGUUCAUCUGGUGAACAUGAAACCCAUUUGCCUGCAAGGGAGAGUAGUUGGAGUGUAAGGCGUAAAGUUUCCCAUGGUAACAUGAAAGAGGUUGUUACGGUCCCUCGGCUAUCGUUUCCAAGGGUUUAUUCGGAUUCCAUGUUGUGUCUUCGUACAUCAGCAAAUGCAAUUUUGUCUCCAUCCUCAUCCCUUUCGUCAUCUUCAUCAUCUAUAUCAUCAUCAUCCUCACCGUCUUUUGUUUCUCCAGAUUCCAUUACUUCUGAUUCUAGCAUUCAUUCAAAGUUUUUGUUAGAAGUGUCCCCAGACUCUUCAUCUCUGUCUAAUUUUUCUAGUUUGUCAAUCACAUCAAAUUCUACUUCUCAUAAUUUUUCUAGUUUGUCCAUCACAUCAAAUUCUACUUCUCAACCAGUGUCUCACAGUACAGAUAUCCUUGGUGUCAAGUUAUCACAUCCCUUGUUUCAGUCAGCCUCUUUACCAUUGAAGAAACCAUCAACUUCCCUUGCUGAACGCAGAGGUAGCUUGUCAAAAAUUCUGAUGUUGCCGCUAAUGAAUGAUAAGACACAAGUAACAGAUAAAUCAGAUAAAUCGACAACGUCUCAUGCUAGUCAAGAAUCUGACAUUCUUGUUAAUGACAAUGUUAGCUAUCAACAACAAUCAGAUAGUAAAGAUUAUUUUUGCGGGUCUAACAACCAUGCCAAGGAUGGAGGUGUGAAUUCCAUUCAAAAGUGUGAGCCAAGCAUUGCUGAUAGCAUGCACCUCAAGGAAUCAUCACUUAGUCAGUCUACCACAUUGAAGGGAACUAAUGACAGUGGCUUACUGCAGUAUAAUGUCGCACAGACUUCGGUAUAUCACUGGCCCAGUAUAGAAAAGAUUGAGACAUUUGGUGCAAGUCAUUUGGAUUCUAAAUCUGCUUUUGUCAUAUUCUCUCCCAGUAUGCAUGUACAUGCAGGGAACAUUUUAUAUAUUUGGGUAGGGAGGUCUUUCAGUUGUGACGCUUCACAGGUUCACUUAGAUAUUGAUAAACAAUCAGAUGUAGGAGCUGUCGACUGGAAUCAAAUUGGAUGUGAUCUCCUUGCUCGGUUUAGUUUGCCAAAGAACUCAGUCAUCAAGGUUGUUAAAGAGAAUGAGGAACCCUCAGAGUUCCUUGCUUUGCUGAGUUCAUUGUAGUUAAAACUACACUAGGAGAAUCCUUGGUUCAAGUAGCUUCUUUAACCUUUUCCAGCACCAGCAGUUAUCCCUUUGUAUGGCAAAUUUUCAGGCUCUAAUUUGAUCUUCCCUGUGACAAGAAAUCCAGUGAGGAGGUUGCCCCAUGCCAAAAGUCUAAGUGUAGCUCGGCUGAAUGUAUAGCGCUUUAACACCCUCAACCUAGAAAUUUAUGUUCAAUAUACUCAAAUUUCUUUCACAUUCUCAUGUUAUUUAUAAAAAAACAAUUCCUUUUUAGCUCUC